AUGCGAAGGUAAAGUGGAUUGGAUAGUUGUGUGUGUCAUUUACCACGUCUUUAAUUUACUUUGCUUUUACUACUCGUUUCUUUUUUCUGAUUAUUGUUAUGCAAACAUUAUUUUUCAAUUUUUUUUCAGUAUUCCAAUUACUACUUCGACCUUAGCUCGAAAGCAGGAAAACUUUUGGUCCAAAAACACUCGUUUGAACAGACCAAUGUCACCUCACUUAACAAUCUACAGGUACAAUGUUCAUUUUACAACUUAUAUGCUCCAAAAAAAAAAGUAUUGACUGAUUCUAGGAAAAAGAAAGAAAAAUUCUGAAAUGCCCAUCCCUAGAAAUCUGAAGAUGUUUGAAUUUUGGUUCCCAUUCUCAUGGACAAGAAUGAACUUUCUUAAUAUCAAGUGCUGUUUGUGUCAACAAAAAUAUAUAAACAACAAUCAAAAUUUGCAAUUGAAAGCUCACAGCUAUAGACAAAAAUUCACCCGAAAAUCCGCACUAAAUGCAAUGGGGGGGGGGGGCUUGCUCUCUUGCUUAAAUUUUUCUCCCCCUCCCCCUCCUCCCCCUUUUGCAAGGUUUUGGAUCUAAACCCGAUAGUUUAAAAGAAUAUCCAGCUGUUUGUCAAAUAGAAGUCCAAUUUGAUUUAUCCCCUUUUUUUAUAGGAAACUUCUCCAAAUUUUUUUUUAUUCUUGGAGAUUUAGGAAAUUGUAGAGAAGACCAACUGAUAUGCUUUAUGUGUGAGACUUAGUGUUUGAUGAUGUUAUGUGUGAAUUUUUUUCCAUUUUUAACGAAGAUGAUUUAUUGGUUCAUUUAUUUCACUCAGUCCACAGUUGACUUCAAUGUUGUCAAUAACUCACCGUGGAACAGGAAUUGCUAUGACAACAGGUAACUGAAUAGAGAUGAAUUAUGUCCAUGAUGGGGGAUGGUCUUUUUACUCUCCUUGCCCAUGGAAGAUGGGGGAAAUUGGAAGUGUCAGUGUACUGAUUUCAUAAUCUGUUCUAUGACAUUUACAUAACAAUUAUUGUUUGUGCUUUCAGUGACAACUGGAUUUGCCCUGGCUGCUCUUGGACUGCCAGAGAACUUUGAGCAUUAUUUAAAUUUGGUGAAAGCUUUAGAAAUCCCAGCUUUUAUAAUCUUCAGUGGAAAAACUGCCUUGGCAUGGCCACUGUGUUACCAUUCAUUCAAUGGGAUCAGACAUUUGGUAUGUAUUACAAAUCAAAACAGCAGAUUACAUGGACAACCCCCUGGCCAAGAGGGUUGAUGAAAAUUAACACAACAAUACUUAUUGUGUUUUGUUUGUUUGUUUGGUUUUAUUUUUCAGGCAUGGGAUCUUGGUUUUGGCUUUGACAUGAAUAUUCUCUACAAGACUGGUUGGUUUGUGUUUAUUGGUUCCAUGGGUGCUGCUGCUGCACUGGCUUAUUUCCUGUGAAUCAAACUUGAAUUUUGUGACUUGAAAAAAUAUAGGGAAGCAGAGGAGUUCUAAAAUACACCUAAUUUGCUUUGUUAACCCUUUAACUCCCAUUAGUGAUUAACAGAUAACUUCUCCCCAUAACAUCCACACAUUAUCCAGCUAACAUGUUAUAAGAAUACUCAAACUUAUCAGGUAAAAGUUAGUACCCUUGAUCUAACACCAAAUUCUCAUGACUUAUUUACAAGGAAAUGUGUAGCAGCCAGAGGGGAGAAUUAACAAUCAGAUCUUGGGAGUUAAAGGGUUAAGUUUUGCACUGACCACAUUAUAGACUUUCUAGUUUGACAAAUAUGUAAAUCUGAUUUAAAUAUCUAUUGUUGUUUCAUUUAAAACACAAAUAGGACUGAAAGUCGAACCAAGAGCACAUUGGAGGGCAGCUCUUUGUUAGAGCUUACAUUCACACAAUGGAUUAUUUAUGAGAAAAUUCUGGAACAGGUCCAUAUUUUUUCCACUAUAAAAGUCCAAAAAACAGUCCCUGGUGUUAACAUCAAACUCCUAGUAUUUUUCCUGUCAUAUAUCCUAUCUGUUAUUGGGAGUGACACAUCACCAAGGAUUUUAUGUUUUUUUAGACUAGAAUUUUUCCCAAAUUGUCUGAAUUGAAUUGCAUAUUCAGGUAAAAUAAAUGUUAAGGAAUUUUUGAAUGGACCUUCAUUCUUUUCCAGUGAUGCUUUCGACCUGUGCAAUGCAGGUUCAAGUCCUGGUUGAGUCAUAGGCCAGUAACUGUUAUUUAAACAAAGUUCAGCUGUUGUUUAACAAAACCAUGUUCCUAACUAUCUUCAGUUUGGCUCAGUCUUUAUCUGAAUAAUUAUUUUUGUGACUGGCAUUGUCAAGAAGGCCAAAAGCUUGCAGUGGAAGGAAAUUUAUUUGAUUAAAUCCACCCUCUCAUAGAGAAAGC